AUAGAAGUGCCUGGGGGGAUUGCUCACGAGAAGCCCUAUCCAGGCAGAUUCAACUCUGACUUAUAGGACAGCUUCGGGACGAUAUAUGCAGGAGAUAUCCCUCAGGACCGGCCAUGUAUCACUCACGCAAGCCCCACUUGGAAAAAUCUGACACAGAUUCACUCCACACAAGAACGCAAGGGGUGUGAUAGUAGCUGAGAUAGUGGAUGUUGGGGUCGAACGGGUUGCACGAGUGUUGGUUCAAGUUGCCUACUAAGACCAAGCGCUACAUGCGUCUCCUUAUCUUUACUUGGCCCUUGAUGGUCCGAUACAUCUCCGCUUUCUCUCCGUUUUCUACCAGCCUGUCUAUGUCGGACCCUGCUCAGGACGCCAAUUGUAUUUAUGGUGCAAUGGGGAGCAAGCGCAUUAUUCAGACCCACGCACUAAGUUGUAAGUCAGUCCAGGUGUACACGAAUUGGCGCUAUCGUUCUGUUGCGGAGGCUGUUGCCGGUAAGUUAGCAACGUUGUCUCCAUCAAUCCAUCCGAUGUCCAUAGACGUGCAUGAAACAUUGUCCGAUCCUGCCAACGUCAGGACAGUGUAUGCAAGAAUAGCUCACUCCUGUGUACCUCCAAACUUCGCAGGAGUGGUUACGACAAUCCAGUGUAAGCACGCCGGCUUACCUGAGUUCCCAUAAUCAGUACAUAUACUGUCGCUGAUGCUGAAAGCUAAGCUUUCAGUAUUUCACCUUUUGGUGUAACGGUUAUGCGGGCGGCAGUCUGACCAUGUUACAUCCAGGCGGCUAUCU